AUGUUUAAAGGAAAUGUGACCAUUAUUUCCAUAGCAGUGAUUUUGUGUGCCCGACCCUUGUACGCUAAAGGAAUAGAAACUAACAGUAUAGAUGAAGAACCAAAGAAUGCGUCCAACACUGAAAGAAGCGGACGAUCUCUACACAAAGAAUGCAAUAAUGGUCUGAGUGCAAAAUGCCUUAAAAUCCAUGUGCUCUCAUUUUUAGAAGACUUGAGUUCUCGAGAUGAGCUCAAUUUAUUACCUGGGCUCAGCAUAGUAAAGGAAAAUCUGACAAAUAUAACAAGUUCAGAGGAAAUAGCUGCGGAGUUGGCACGCCAGUUUCCAGGAAAAUCUGAAGAGAAAUUGAACAGGUUUCUCUUGUAUCGAUUACAGAGUUAUUUAGAUGGGCAUUCGUUGAGGUAUAGACUGCUGGACACUAAGACUUCUGAGGAAGCUUUGAAUAUAGCUAAAGGGGAUAGGGAGUCUGUGGGGAGGAAGAAAGAUGGUGGAGGGUUCGGUGGAGGAAAGGGCGGUGGAGGAGGUGCUUUACUUGCGGCCGCUUUGAUGAUGAAAGGUACAUUAGCCGCUGCAGCAUUGGGAGCCCUAGCACUUCUAGCUGGAAAAGCAUUGAUGACCGCACUUAUGUCGCUCCUACUAUCAGCACUAGUGGGCCUCAAGGGCAGCGGAGGUCACAAGUCCACCACAUACGAGAUCAUCACAAAACCCGAAGUAUCCCAUCAUCAUUCGCACAGCCAUGAAGAACACCAUGAGCAUGACCAUGAUCAUGGGCACCAUGGUGGCUACAGACGAGCGUAUGAGAAAGAUUAUAAUAAUUAUAAUAGCUACAUGCCUUAUGAUAACACGAAUUACAAAGCGGAUUGA